AAGAAAUUAACCCCUUUCUCAAGUCUCACAACAAACUAUAUACGCACUUCUUUCGUGACACUCCGAACUAUUUCUCCAUUCUUUAAGGAUCUCAGUACUGCAAAAAACAUUACUCACGCAAAACAACAAACAUCUGUUGAUCAAUUGCGUAGAGAAAUCAAACGAUUCGUUCAUGGCUACUCCAGGACGUGAAGCUGCGACGUACAGCGAAGUGCAAUCCAGCCGCCUCAACGUAACCCUCCCAUUGCCUUCAGUACUCAAGGCUCCUUUCAGUGUUGUUGACGGCCCCCCCAGUUCGUCCGCUGGAAAUCCUGGUGAAAUUGAAAAGCUGUUUCCGAACCUUUUUGGGCAGCCCUCAGUUAAGCUUUUACCUAGUGAUUCAUCCGGGGCUCUGUCAUCAGAUCAAAGCUUAAGAAUUGGUGUAGUGCUCUCCGGUGGACAGGCUCCUGGGGGGCAUAAUGUUAUUUGCGGAAUUUUCGACUAUUUGCAAGAGCGAACAAAGGGUAGCACACUCUACGGUUUCAGGGGUGGCCCAGCUGGGAUUAUGAAGUGCAAAUAUGUGCAGCUAACCACAGACUUUAUCUAUCCUUACAGAAAUCAAGGUGGCUUUGAUAUGAUCUGCAGUGGCAGGGACAAGAUUGAAACUCCAGAACAGUUCAAGCAAGCUGAAGAAACAGCAGUGAAACUCAAUCUGGAUGGUCUUGUAGUUAUUGGGGGAGAUGAUUCAAACACAAAUGCUUGUCUUCUUGCUGAAAAUUUCAGGGGAAAAAAUUUAAAGACUCGGGUUAUUGGUUGCCCAAAGACCAUUGAUGGUGACUUGAAAUGCAAAGAAGUUCCAACAAGUUUUGGAUUUGACACAGCUUGCAAGAUAUAUGCAGAAAUGAUUGGGAAUGUCAUGAUUGAUGCUCGUUCAACUGGAAAAUACUAUCACUUUGUGAGACUUAUGGGUCGUGCUGCCUCACACAUUACGCUGGAAUGUGCUUUGCAGACUCACCCAAAUAUUACUAUAAUCGGUGAAGAGGUUGCAGCCAAGAAACAGACACUGAAGAAUGUUACUGAUUACAUAACAGAUGUGAUCUGUAAACGGGCAGAACUUGGUUUCAAUUAUGGAGUUAUUCUCAUACCCGAAGGUCUUAUUGACUUCAUUCCAGAGGUGCAACAACUGAUUUCGGAGCUUAAUGAAAUUCUAGCUCAUGACGUUGUCGAUAAGGAAGGAAAUUGGAAGAAGAAACUACGAAGCCAAUCUCACCAGCUUUUCGAGUUCCUACCACAAGCAAUCCAGGAGCAACUUUUACUUGAAAGAGAUCCUCAUGGAAACGUGCAGGUUGCAAAAAUAGAAACUGAAAAGAUGCUUAUUGAAAUGGUGGAAACUGAACUGGAGCACAGGAGGAGUCAAGGUUCAUACAACAAAAAAUUCCAAGGCCAAUCUCACUUUUUCGGAUAUGAGGGAAGAUGUGGGUUACCUUCAAGCUUUGACUCUAACUACUGCUAUGCGUUGGGUUAUGGUGCUGGAGCACUUCUUCAUUCUGGAAAAACUGGUUUGAUUUCUUCGGUGGGAAAUUUAGGAGCUCCAGUUGAGAAUUGGACUGUUGGUGGAACAGCAUUAACUUCUCUAAUGGAUGUUGAAAGAAGACACGGAAAGUUCAAGCCCGUCAUAAAGAAAGCCAUGGUAGAACUUGAAGGUGCUCCAUUCAAGAAGUUUGAAUCCGUUCGGGAAGAUUGGGCCAUGAAGAAUCGAUAUGUCAAUCCAGGUCCAGUUCAGUUUGUAGGAAAGACGGCAGACUACAUCAAUCAUACAUUGAUGCUGGAGCUCGGUGCCCAGGCUUAACCAGAAUGCGUGACAAACCAUUUUUCACUUAAAAGUUUUGGUUUAAUUUUCAACAUCUAAGAACAUUAGAUCAGUUGUGAGCGUUAUCUUAGGUGCAACAUGUUUUCCUUUUCUAGAAUUUUGGAAACGAAAUUUGAUAUAAUGCAAGACAACCUUAAUUGAUCUAGAUUGUUUAGUUUACAUUCUUUCUUCGAAGAAUGCGUAUCUAGAGUUAAGCGUAUGCUGCCUUUUAACCCUCAAAUCCGUCUUUUGUUGAAGAAUAGCUAAGCUCAUAAAAUUAAGGAUGUUUUCAGUCAUCCUUUGAAGUUUGAAGGGUUUUUAUUGGAGAGUAAGUGAAUAAGAGUUUUUUGAAUUUUUCA